AGCGACUGCGCAAGACGUCCAACAGACAUUUCCUACCUGAUGGGAGGCGUCGCUGUGCGAAUUUUGCAAAUGAUUGGGUCUGCGAUCCAAUUUGCAUUCCGCGUCGGUGAUUUCCACCCAUGAAACAGCAAGAUGACGGCGUGGCUGUCAUCUGGUUGCAGAAGAACGCGUGCUUUGCGCUGCCUGUGAUUCCGCCGAGACGCGGCUCACUGACAUUAUAUACAAGAGCAAUGUCACAUCACUUGUCUCCUCAUAAUUCCCUCAGCUACUAUCAAUUGACUUGACUCAUUUCAAGCUUUAAACAAUGGUGUCUUUAGAUGUCGUGCACGCGUCCAAUGCGAGGUUAAGAGAGCUUGGCCCUGGGCUUGUAGCUCUAUUUGUCGGCGGAACAAGUGGUAUCGGCGAGUACACGCUCAAGGCGUUCGUGAAGCAUUCAGUCUCCCCACGAGUCUACCUGGUUGGAAGGAACGCCUCUUCCGCAGAACGAAUUAUCGAGGAAUGCCGUGGUUUAAACAAAGAUGGGAAAAUCGAAUUCAUAAAGGCGGAUGUAUCGGAGCUUGCAGAGGUCGAUAGAGCCUGCAAGGAGAUUGCGGCCAAGGAGAAGAGCAUCAAUUUGAUCCUGCAGACGCAGGGCAAUCUAAAUCUGCGAGGCAGAGAUGAAUCUCCAGAAGGACUCGCUCGAAAGUUUACGUUGAACUUUUAUUCUCGAAUGCGAUUUACUUCGAAUCUCCUGCCUCUCCUCCGAGCAGCAACCACAUCCCCUCCCGGCUUCGCGCGCUCAGUCAGUGUCCUAGGUGCAGGGCACGAGGGAUCCAUCAACCUGGAUGAUCUCGAGCUGAAAACUACAUUCUCAACUACCACUUGUGCGGACCAAAGCAUUACAAUGAACGAUUUCAUGGCCGAGCAGUUCGCUGCGAGGGAGCCGAGUGUUAGCUUCAUGCAAACAUCUCCAGGUGUUGUAAAUACGGGCCUUGCAAGGGAGCUGCCAUUCUGGGCUCGUGUCGCUAUGAAGGGAUUGACGCCGGUGGUCAAACUGUUUGCCACCGGCGCAGAUGAGACUGGGGAGAGACAACUCUUUCAUGCUACAAGCGGCAUGUAUCCGCCAGCAAAACCUUUGGCUGGUUCAGCAGUCGCCUCAGGAGUACCAUUGCCAACAGGAAUGGCUAUUGGAACUGGUUCUGAUGGCAAGGUGGGUAGUGGAGGCUAUAUUGUGAGCCCUGUAGGAGAUAUUACGGGUAAUGCGAAGCUUCUGAGUGAUUACCGAGCGAAAGGCGUCUCGCAGAUAGUCUGGGACCAUGCAUAUAGUAUUUUUGAGAGGGUGCAGAAGCUCAAUGAGAGCAGAAAUGCUUCAUGAGCUUCUGGCCCGGGCGG